UCCCAGCCAGCAGGAUCCCAAGACUUUUGUCGCCCUUCAGCUGCUGUGGGCCCUGCCUUGGCCUCUUCUUCUGGAAUGUCUUGGGAAUUUUGACUCCUGUCACUGUGACCUGCAAAUCCAAGAGACACAUCUCUAUGGAAGAUAAGAGAGCUGCUUCUUCAAGAUCAAAAGAGGAGACUGGCGUGACACCUAUGUAGAGCGUCCUCAGAAUCACGUCUUUCCACACCUGGACCCUGAGGAGCUGCUUCCUGCAAGGGCUUCCUGUCCGAUGCGUAGGAGGCAGGAUGUUAAACUGACUUCAGGGGACAGCUGCAGAGGCUCGAGACCAACCAGCAGUACCUCACCCUCCAGUACAGGGGCCACACUGUGUGGUCCUUUUUCUAGAAGUGAGAAGUACGAGCUUACUGUACGAGAGGAAGAUUCUAGGGGCGUAAAAACGCAAAGGUUUGCACCUUGAGAGCCCCUUGGGAUGUUGACAACUCAGGAUCUAAAACAAAGUUCUAUGCUAAUGAGUUUCAGAAUUCACGUGGAAGUAAAUACCACUUUAUAAUCAAUAAUAGUACUGAGUGAGGAACACUAUGCAGGAAGAAACCUUCCAUAGGAAGACAGGCAGGGAAAAGCUUAGGCUGACCUUGACCUUACCUGACAGAAUAAGCCUGAGAUAGACCCCAGAAUGGCCAAAUAAGAGACUCUGUGAAGUAACAGUGCUGUAACUGUAGUAGUUGUAAGGAAGUUUUCGCCUCCAAAUCACGAUACCAAAUAGGAAAAAUGAUCUACAAGUGCCCCAUGUGUAGGGAAUUUUUCUCUGAGAGAGCAGAUCUUUUUAUGCAUCAGAAAAUUCACACAGCUGAGAAACCCCAUAAAUGUGACAAGUGUGAUAAGGGUUUCUUUCAUAUAUCAGAGCUUCACAUCCACUGGAGAGACCACACAGGCGAGAAGGUCUAUAAAUGUGAUGAUUGUGGUAAGGAUUUUAGCACUACAACAAAACUGAACAGACAUAAGAAAAUCCACACGGUGGAGAAGCCCUAUAAGUGCUAUGAGUGUGGCAAAGCCUUCAAUUGGAGCUCCCAUCUUCAGAUCCAUAUGAGAGUCCACACAGGUGAGAAGCCCUAUGUCUGCAGUGAGUGUGGGAGGGGCUUCAGUAAUAGUUCCAACCUUUGCAUGCAUCAGCGAGUCCACACCGGGGAGAAGCCCUUUAAAUGUGAGGAGUGUGGGAAGGCCUUCAGGCACACCUCUAGCCUCUGCAUGCAUCAAAGGGUCCACACCGGGGAGAAGCCCUAUAAAUGCUACGAGUGUGGGAAGGCCUUCAGUCAGAGUUCGAGCCUCUGCAUCCACCAGAGAGUCCACACUGGAGAGAAGCCCUAUCGAUGCUGUGGGUGUGGGAAGGCCUUCAGUCAGAGUUCGAGUCUCUGCAUCCACCAGAGAGUCCACACAGGAGAAAAACCUUUUAAGUGUGAUGAGUGUGGAAAGGCCUUCAGUCAGAGUACGAGCCUCUGCAUCCACCAGAGAGUCCAUACGAAGGAGAGAAACCAUCUCAAAAUAUCAGUUAUAUAAAAUGUUUUGCUAAGAGUUACAAAUCUUAAAACCCAUAAGUGCCACUAGGAAGGAAACCCUGUAUAUACCUACAUUGAUUGACCCAAGAAAUAUUUUCAGCAAUCCCUAGCAGAGCAUUCUUUUUGAGGGGGCAUAUGUGAGGUUGAUUUUUUGAUUCAUGUCAAGUGUGUUCCACAACUUGGCUUUGAAUAUGGACCUCCGAGGAUCUGCCCGAGACAGGCUGUCAGGUCCCAGGCGUGGGUGUGCGUUUCCUGGGGUUCUGGCACGACACCUCUGUAGUUGAAAUACUACACGGCCAACCAUGACCAUUGCCCAGCCUCCUGAGUCACUUCUGUCUACGCUUUCCUUAAAGUUAUCCCAGAUACUCCAGCUGUAGCUCACGCCCUUCCUUCCUCUCCAUGCGGCAUACUGGUGAUGCAUUUGAAGAUGGCCGGCUCUCACUAGGUCGCGUUCUGGUGUUUCUGAGGUUCCCACUCGAUUUAGCCCCUCCAUAGCUUUCCAUAGAUCGAUUAUUUCUGAGCCCACUUUGCCUCUGUGUCCUCAAAAUACCCAUAUCCAUCCCUUCCUAGAUGGCAUCAGAUUUCAUUUUAGAUUUUAGGUGGCUCAUGAUAUCCAUUCACUUGGCCUAUCAGAAAAACCAUUGGCAGACAUACAUGCCCUUAACUUUUCUUGACCUUUUUGUUACCGAUUCUGCUAAUCACUGUGUCUCUAUGUUAGACUUUUUUUCUAGUGGCUGCAUCACAUAUUUUUAACUUGAAUUUUUUGGAAAGUAGCUGAAUGUAAAUAGGGAGGAAGAAACAAGCAAAGUGAGAACUUUUCUCCACCCAGAACUGCCCUCUCGGGCUCCUUCUGUAACCCAGGGACCUCCUUCCUGCUCGGGAGACCUUGUGAGAAGUGGGUGGCAGGAGGAGUCACCAGGGACGCUGAGUCUGUUUCUGUAAUCUUGGGCAAUAACACGUAGGAAACCUCGGUGCCCCUCCGUUGAGUGUUACAUAUCAGUUCCGUUUAGGCAUGGACAUCUUACUAAUCCAUCAUUCUUUUCUUCAUUCAUUCAGCAAAUAUUUAUUGAACACCUCCUCCAUGCCAGGCACUGUGCUGGGCGCUGGGAUUGCCACUGCUAAGCCAGCAAGGCCCCUGCUCUCAUGGAGCUUCCUUCAGGGGGAGGAGACAGAUAAGAAGCAAGUAAACAAGUACAUAAUGUAGUUUGAGCUAGUGGUCAAGUGCUAUGAAGAAAAUAAACUAGGGUGAUGACUUAGUGGGGGGGUGGGGGGUGGGGCAACGUUAGCUAGCGGUCAGGGAGGCCUUUCCGUGGGGCAUGAGCUGAGGCCGGAGGAGGAGGAGGACCCCUUCUGGCAACGCACGGAGGCUGCUCUGGGGACGGGCCAGGCGCUGAGAACUGAAGGCCAGCUAGAGCUGGUGCAGGGUGGGUGGGGCUGAGAGCCACUCGGUCUCCUGAGUCUCCUGGCUGUCACAGGACUUGGUGGGUUCUUGUUUUGUUUUUGUUUUGCUAGAUAUUAAAACUCAUGUGGAGGAACUCAAGGAAUGUUGAGAAGACCAAAAGUCCCCACUGACAGGAACAGAAGCAAGCAGUUGUGAACUUUGUUUCUCUUCUCAUUCCUCUUUUCGUUUAUUUCCCACAUGCAGUCCUUUGCUCAGGAAGUCUUUGGGGAAAGUCAGGAUCUUUGAGCUCUGAGAUGGGUGAUCAGGUCGGUGGCGUCUGUCAACUGUCUAAGAGUUGGAAAGUGAACUGCUCAGAACAGGCAUGGAAAUACUGAAUCAAAGCUUGAUUUUUCUCUCCAUUUUGGAUUAAUUUUUUGUUUGACUGGAAGGGGUUUUUGUAUAACUAAAACCCCAGCUCAUAAAGGAGUUUUAAAAGGAGCACACAGGUUAGUGGGAGGGCCAUGAAACUGAAGAGGGGACUUGGGGGUAAAUUUGUCAAUGUACAGAUUUUCAUCCAGACAUCUCUGCUGACAAGCCUUUGGCAGGUCACUUCACAUACUUUUCCUCCUUGUUACAAAGAGAGGGCUGGCUUAGUUAUUUGCUAAAGCCCCUUCCAGGCCUGAAUUCCAUAAGUACGAUUUACUGUAGUGUCUUAUCACUCUUUCGUGUCACGGUAGUGUGGAACAUUAGAGAAAAGCCUAGACUUUUAGUUGAUAGAGAGCCAGUUGAAAUACCAUUGCUAGGAUUUUAGUUUUAGGAAGAAUUGGUUUGAUUUCUAGCUUUAUGACUAUUAGGUAGGUGAGCUUGGGCAACUCGCUUAAUCUUUGAGUCUAGUUUUCUCUCCAGUUGAGGCUAUUAGGCUAAAUGAUUUUCGAGCUUCCAGCUAGUCCUAGAGUUCUAUAUUUCUACAUAGCUGAAUUAUUUUAUCAUGCUGUUGCUGGGAAUAUGACUAACCCUUUUGAAGCUACUAAUUUUAUGUCAAGCUUUAAAGUCCAUAAUUGUUAUCUUCAGAAAAUAUUAUUUGACCUACAGUAUGUCCAAAUCAAUUUAAUAAAAUCACUUUAUAACAGGG